AUGCCUAUCUGUGCAGUGAGCAUGGCAGAGCGCUUCAGCUGGUCCAAGAGAGAGACAGGCAUGGUGCUGGGCAGCUUCUUCUGGGGCUACUGCUUCACUCAGGUGCUUGGAGGCUACGUCAGUGACAGAGUGGGAGGAGAGAAAGUGUUGAUAUUGUCAGCGGCAGCAUGGGGAGCAAUGACCGCCUUCACGCCAAUCUUAGCCCAUUUCUGCUCCCAGCCCAUCGUCUCCAUGACCAUCUCCCGCUUCCUCAUGGGCCUGCUGCAGGGUGUUCACUACCCAUCACUGGCCAGUCUGUGCUCUCAGAAAGUUGUGGAGAGUGAGAGGGGCUUCCUCAUGAGCACAGUAGGAAGCGGCUCAUACCUGGGGACUCUGGUGAUAGGAGGCAUAGGCUCUCUGAUGCUGGACUUGUAUGGCUGGGAGAGUGUGUUCUACAUCUCUGGGCUUCUGUCUGUGUUGUGGGCGUACUGCAUGUGGAAGUAUCUGCUCAAAGGAGAAGUUUUCAGCGCCGUCAUUAUUACACACUUGUGCACCGCUAGCACCUUCUUCACAUUGCUGUCAUGGCUGCCAACAUUUUUCAAGGACACCUUCCCUGAUGCCAAGGGUUGGGUGUUUAACGUGAUCCCAUGGUUUUUGGCCAUCCCUUCUUCCCUGUUUAGUGGCUGCCUUUCAGACCAUCUAAUCAGUCAGGGUUUUGAUACUGCAUCAGUGAGAAAACUCAUGCAGUUCUUCUCUAUGGGCGUCUCCAGUGUGUUUACUCUGUUUCUGUGUGGGACCACUACCUUCCCCACAGCUGUGGCUUUUGUGUCCGCAACUAUGGGCCUCACCACAUUCAGCCACAGUGGGGUUUCAGUGAAUGUUCAGGAUCUCGCUCCAUCCUGUGCAGGGGCUCUGUUUGGAGUGAUGAAUACCUGUGGAGCAUUUACAGGGGUCAUCAUGGUGUAUUUCUCGGGGUAUCUGAUCGAGGCCACUGGUUCCUGGGCAUCCGUUUUUGGCCUCAUCACGGUACUGAACCUGCUGGGUUUAGGAACAUUUUUAAGCUUCGCAGAAGCUCGCAGAGUGGACAUCGAUCUAGCGAAGGGCCGUUACCACAACAUCCACAUCUGAGAGCACAGGACGGGAGCAGAGCAGCAGAAAGGACAGGCUCUGACAGAAACCUUUCUGAAGAAGGACGUCCCAAACACUCACUGGCUUCUUCAUUAUGGUUCUUUUAUUUUCUGUUCGGCUUUUCUUUGGCUGAAGAGAAUCUAGGAGAAGCUGUAGGAGAUACUUAACCGAUAUGGAUCUGUUAUAGAUCACUAGGAGCCACAGUAUGAAGUGUGUUACUGAAUAUUUUGUUAAGGUCCUUGCAUUCAUUCAUUUUUAUUUUAUCCUGUUGCACUUGUGUUGGUUUAUGGUAGCAGUUUCUUUAAUGUCAUCAUUACUGUGACCAAAGCAGUUCAAACCAUUAAUUAAUCAGAUGAAGACCAAAAGCUAGAGCUUGAGUGUCUGAGUACUGACAGUUUAUUAAAUUAUUGUUAAUACCAUUUGUUUUGGCAUUGUAUGACAUUUUAAAAUACCUCGUCUCAGACAUCUCGGCUGUUUUUCACACUCAAGAGUGUGAUAGAGAUUACAGUUUGUUACUGCAGAAUUAAGAGUAUUACUGUCAUUUAAUGAAACAUGUGCUAGGUCAUCUUGUCAUUGGCUGAUCCUUCAAAGCAUUUUCUUUGUCUCAGCUGUCUGCCGUUGAGAAGAGUUUCUGAUCUUUAAAGGAUGUUUUUGUUUCAAACUGCUAGUUUG